GACUGUGAGGGAGGCCCCGAAGGAGAGCCGGCCUCCAUGGCGGACACGUUCUCGGGCCCCUGGCUCCUGGGCUUGCUCCUGCUUCCCUGGACGCUGCCGCUCACAGCUGGAGAAUCAAAGUGCUUUCUUUUAAAAUCGACCUAAGGGGAGAUGGAUACUUUUGAUCAGCACGUCUGGACUCUCACACACCCUUGGCUGUCGAUGCUGAUGCUGGUGGCCACAGAGGGGAUUGAGUUCCAGGCAGAGUGAAGAGCUGGGGCCAAGGCCUGGGCCAGGAGGGCAGAUGGUGAAGGUCGUGAACCACACUGGUGCGCCCAUUUUGGUCUCUCUGGCCAACAAGGCCAUUUCCUUCGACUGCAGAAUCACCUACGCAGACAGGGCCAGAUUCGAGAACUUCACAGCCUCGUACUUUUAUAUGGACCUCCAGAACCGGAAGAGCACCAGCGAGCGGAUUAAGUGCCUACCCGACCUGGGCAAAGAGAACGAGGAGCAUGCUCUGAAAUGUGGGGUCACCCCCAAGCUGCCCAAUGCAUCGGCCACGGGUACCUACUAUUGCUCCGUGGAGUGGCCCGAGUUCCAUAAAAUCAGCGAAGGCAUCUUCAUCCUGGUCAGAGACAUAGGGUACCGAGGGCCCCCGCAGGGCUCCCAGCAGCUCCUGCUCUUUUGCUUCACUGGCAUCCUGAGUGUGCUGAGCAUCUUGGUCACAGCCCUGCUGCUCUGGAAGAAGAAAAGGAUGCAGGCUCCUCAGAAGCACUCGGACCCGAGCGCCCACAGCCAGCAGCAGCCUCCGGACGAAUCCGUCUACACAGCCCUACAGCGCAGAGACACUGAAAUCUACUCUUGCAUCCAGAAUGAGGCCAGCAGCCUGCCGACCACCCAGAGCCUCCACUCCCAGAAGAAACUGCACGGAUUUACGGAUGACAGCGAAUUUAAUAACAUGGUCUAUGAAAACUUCUAGGACGAGCUCCACUGGCGCAUAGAUCUGGCCCUGGAUCCAAGGCCCCACGGCAGCCCCUCCCUCCACAGGACUGGCCCCGCACCAGGAGCGAGGCCCCUGGGGUGCCCCAUCACCUUGCCCCCACAUUCAAGGUGUUCCCAGCCUUGGGUGUGCCCCUUACCCCCCAUUCUGUGGCCUAGCCAUACCCACUGAGCAUCUUGCAUCUGGCUUUUGCCCGGGCUCUUCCCUCAGCCUGCCAGCCCAUCCUCCAGACUCCAUGG